AUGUCCAGCAUCCAGCCGGCRGCGGAGACCCGGGGAACCACCGUCCUGCACGACACCAUCAAUGACCGCCCGCAGCCCCUGCCAGCGCGGUACUUCGACACAAAGACGACAGAGCCCAUCAGCUUCUUCUUGUCCGGCCUGGAAGAGCUGCUGGCCUGGCAGCCCAACAGCAACGAUGACUUCAACAUCUCGGCCGUGCCGCUGGCCAAGCGCCAGCCCCCACUCCACAGCAGGAGGCCCCGGACGCUGGUGUGCCAUGACAUGCGUGGCGGGUACCUGGAGGACAGGUUCAUCCAGGGCUCAGCCACACGCAACCCCUACGUCUUCUACCAUUGGCGCUACAUCGACAUCUUUGUCUACUUCAGUCACCACACUGUCACCAUCCCGCCCGUGGUCUGGACCAACGCGGCGCACCGGAACGGCGUCCCCGUGCUGGGCACGUUCAUCACGGAGUGGACGGACGGGGAGAAGAUGUGUGAGGCGUUCCUGGCUGGCGGGGAGGAGGCGUUCGGUGCCGUGGCCGAGCAGCUGGCCCGCAUCGCCCAGCACUACCGCUUCGAUGGCUGGCUGGUCAACAUCGAGAACACGCUGAGCGCGGCAGCAGUGGGGAACCUGCCCCCCUUCCUGCGGGACCUGACGGCACGGGUGCACAGCGCUGUGCCAGGGGGGCUGGUGAUCUGGUACGACAGCGUCCUGCAGGAUGGCACGCUGAGGUGGCAGAAUGAGCUGAAUGAGGACAAUAGGGUGUUCUUCGAUGCCUGUGAUGGGCUGUUCACCAACUACAACUGGAAGGAGAAGCAGCUGGAGCACACACUCAGGCUGGCCGGGCCACGCCACGCUGACGUUUAUGUUGGUGUUGAUGUCUUUGCCCGUGGGGACGUAAUCGGUGGUGGCUUCGACACUGACAAGUCCCUGCGCCUGAUCCGCCAGCACAGCCUCUCCGCUGCCAUCUUCGCUCCCGGCUGGGUCUAUGAGCACCUGGGGGAGGAAAACUUCCUGCAGAACGAGAAUAGGUUCUGGGGCUUGCUGGCUGAGUACUUGCCCACACACAGCAUCUGCACACUGCCCCUCGCCACCUCCUUCAGCCUGGGCAUGGGCACCAGCAGGUUCCUGGAUGGAAAGGACGAAGAGUCUGGGCCCUGGUAUGACCUGAGCAUGCAGGAGAUCCAGCCCCUGUACCCAGAACACCAGGGCAGGCUGAGCACCAGCUGCUGCCUGCAGGAUGCCUGGUGUGGGGGCAGCUCCCUGAGGCUGCAGGGGACCAUUCCCCCCGGCGAGGAGCGCGUGGCCGUCCGCCUCUUCUCUUUGCAGAUGCCAGCACCCCCCAAGCUCUUCUUGACCCUGCUCUACAAGCUGGAGGGGCCACAGUCUGAUGACUUUGUGGUGGCACUGGAGGUCACCACCUGGGACUCAGGGACCUGCCUUGAGGGCAACCCCACCUCCCUGCCUGGUGAGGACCCCCCCAAUGGUCGGUAUCACCCCCGGUUCCUCCCGGCUCCACCGCCUGGACUUGCCAAGCUGCUUGCUGCCUGCCACCGUGGCUCCCAUGGCUGGACCAGCCGGUGCUAUGAGCUGGAGCUGCAGGACUGCACCCUGCGAGACCUCUCUGUGAUUGUGUCCCGCCAGCAGCCCAGCCCGCAGGAGACAUCCUUCACCUGCCUCCUCGGGGAGGUCCGGGUGCUGGACACGGCCAGCGUGGCGGCUUCCCCGCCACAGGUGCUCAGUGUGACAGCCUCGCAGCUUUGGUGGCAGGAGGGCCCCGAGCCUGAGGAGCUCUCGCUCAGCCUCACCCUGCGCUGGUCCUUCCCGCCUGGCCGUGCCAGAUGCUUCCGUGUCCUCAGCCAGGGUGCCCGGUGCCGCCGAGGCCAGACGGCACCGCAGCUGCUGGGGCUGGCACAGGGCUGCCUGUUCCGUGCCGUGGGGCUGCCGGUGCCGCGGCCGACGCCCGGGCAGUCCUGCCGGCUGGAGCUGCUGGUGGAACCGGUGCUGCGGGAUGAGCUGCCCGUGGACCCCGACCGCUGGGGCCGCCUCGUGCUGGUCUAUUCCUCACCAGGCAGUGGCACCAGCUCAGAUGGGCAUUAA